UGCACGCUUUAGCCAGCAGCAAGACAGCUGUGUUUGAUCAUAAACCACUUAAACUCCAGGCUCACUGGCAGGGGAAACUUUAGCGUGAAGUGCAGCAUUCGUUUCUCUAGGAGAAGGGAGCUUUCUUCUCUUUUUCCUUUCUGCCUCCCCAAAUACUGAGGACUGUAGCAGCACUCUCCUUUGAAUUUCUUUGUGAACUUGUGUAAAGCUCGUCAAAUUUUUCUGCGUAUGUUCAAUGGCAUUGGAAGAUGCCCUUUAACAGAGCUAUGGAAAAGAGCAGCAUAAAACACACAGCAGAGAUGAAGCAUGCCUUGUAGAUGGACUAAGACAGCCCUGGGAUCCUGGUAAGCACUUCAUUCCCUGCAUUCUCUAGGCACUUCACGUUAUUAACAAAUCUCUCGCAGCAAUGGAUUGUCUGUGAAGUCAAAACCAGUUUGGCUCUUUUAGAAGAUCUUGCAUCAUUAACUUAAACUCUCAUUGUGGAGUAAAAAUGGCUGUCUAGAGAAAAAUGUAUAAGAGAGAAAAAUUUUGGAGAAGAAAGUAUUGAACCACUUGAACAAAACUUUGAAGCAUUAAAAUCUGCAGAAAUCGUCAAGCCCUGAGAAGUCUAAUCAUGAAUUCUGGAGUUGCUAUGAAAUAUGGAAACGACUUCCCUGCAGAGCUGAGUGAGCUUCAUUUAGCAGCCCUGGCUUCAUUAAAGGGAGACAUCGUGGAGCUUAAUAAGCGUCUACAACAAACAGAAAAGGAGCGUGACCUGUUGGAAAAGAAAUUGGCAAAAGCACAGUGUGAGCAGUCCCACUUGAUGAGAGAGCACGAGGAUGUGCAGGAGCGAACAACGCUGCGCUACGAGGAGCGGAUCACAGAGCUGCACAGCAUUAUUGCCGAGCUCAACAAGAAAAUCGAUCGGCUGCAGGGAGCAACCAUAAGGGAGGAGGAUGAGUACUCAGAACUGAGGUCGGAGCUGAGCCAAAGCCAGCAGGAGGUUAAUGAAGACUCACGCAGCAUGGACCGAAACUCUGUCUCCGUGCCAGAGAACCAGUCCACAAUGGUCACUGCAGAUGUGGAUAACUGUAGUGACUUGAAUUCAGAACUUCAGAGAGUGCUGACAGGUCUGGAAAAUGUUGUCUGUGGGAGGAAGAAAAGCAGCUGCAGUUUGUCCAUCGCAGAGGUGGACAGGCACAUUGAACAACUCACUACUGCCAGCGAACAUUGUGAUUUAGCCAUUAAGACCGUGGAGGAGAUUGAGGGUGUGCUGGGACGUGACCUUUAUCCAAACCUGUCUGAGGAGAGAUCUCGGUGGGAGAAGGAGCUGGCUGGCCUGCGGGAAGAGAAUGAAAGCCUCACAGCCAUGUUGUGCAGCAAAGAGGAGGAGCUCAACAGGACCAAGGCCACCAUGAACACUGUCCGUGAGGAGAGGGACAGGCUGCGUAGAAGGGUUCGGGAGCUGCAGACUCGUUUGCAGAGUGUGCAGGCCACAGGCCCAUCCAGCCCGAGCCGCCUCACUCCUGCCAACCGCCCCGUCAACCCCAGCACGGGAGAGCUGAGCACCAGCAGCAGCAGCAAUGACAUUCCCAUUGCCAAGAUUGCUGAAAGAGUGAAGUUGUCAAAGACAAGAUCAGAGUCUUCAUCAUCUGAUAGACCUGUCUUAGGAUCAGAAAUCAGCAGCAUAGGGGUGUCUAGUACUGUGGCUGAACAUUUGGCACAUUCCCUUCAAGACUGCUCAAACAUCCAGGAAAUCUUCCAGACUCUCUAUUCACAUGGAUCUGCUAUCUCUGAAAGCAAAAUCCGAGAAUUUGAAGUGGAGACAGAGAGAUUAAAUAGCCGUAUUGAACACCUGAAAUCCCAGAAUGAUUUGCUGACAAUAACACUGGAGGAGUGCAAGAGCAAUGCAGAGAGGAUGAGCAUGCUUGUGGGCAAGUAUGAGUCCAAUGCGACAGCCCUCAGGCUGGCACUGCAGUACAGUGAACAGUGCAUAGAAGCAUAUGAGCUGCUGUUGGCAUUGGCAGAAAGUGAGCAGAGUCUCAUUCUUGGACAAUUCAGAGCUGCAGGUGUUGGUUCUGUUGGGGACCAGACAGGUGAUGAAAAUGUCACACAGAUGCUUAAGAGGGCUCAUGACUGCAGGAAGACAGCUGAGAAUGCAGCAAAAGCUUUGCUGAUGAAGCUAGAUGGGAGCUGUGGGGGAGCCUAUGCAGUCACAGGCUGUAGCGUGCAGCCCUGGGAAAGCCUCUCCUCCAACAGCCACACCAGUACUACCAGCUCAACUGCAAGCAGUUGUGACACAGAAUUUACAAAGGAGGAUGAGCAGCGGCUGAAGGAUUACAUCCAGCAGCUGAAAAACGACAGAGCAGCAGUGAAACUGACAAUGCUGGAGCUGGAAAGCAUCCACAUUGAUCCCCUUAGUUAUGAUGUUAAGCCACGUGGAGACAGCCAGAGGCUGGACUUAGAAAAUGCAGUCUUGAUGCAGGAACUCAUGGCAAUGAAGGAAGAGAUGGCAGAGCUCAAGGCACAGCUUUAUCUGCUGGAGAAGGAGAAGAAGGCUUUGGAAUUGAAGCUGAGCACUCGAGAGGCCCAGGAGCAGGCCUACCUCGUCCAUAUUGAGCACUUGAAGUCUGAAGUGGAAGAACAAAAAGAGCAGAGAAUGAGGUCUCUCAGCUCAACCAGCAGCGGAAGCAAAGAUAAACUGGGCAAGGAAUGCAGUGAUGGCACCGCAACGCCGCUAACACUCGCUGAGCUGAGACCAUACAGUGAGAGUGAACUGACUGCUGAGCUGACAAAUGCACUCAGGAGGGAGAAGAAACUGAAAGCAAGAGUGCAGGAGUUAGUGAGUGCCUUGGAGAGACUCACGAAGAGCAGUGAAAUCAGACAUCAGCAGUCUGCAGAAUUUGUUAAUGACCUUAAAAGGGCAAACAGCAACUUGGUAGCAGCUUAUGAAAAAGCAAAGAAAAAGCAUCAAAACAAGCUGAAGAAACUGGAAUCACAAAUGAUGGCCAUGGUGGAGAGACAUGAAACCCAAGUAAGAAUGCUCAAACAAAGAAUAGCUUUACUGGAAGAAGAGAACUCCAGACCACACACCAAUGAAACUUCACUUUAAAUGCAUCUCUUUAAAGGAUGCUUAGUGCCAUUACAACUUUCUUUCUUUUGGAGGUUGACUUUUAGGUAGCUUCAAAUGUUAAAAGCUCUGACUGUCAAUGCUGACAAAAUUUAAAAGCACCUUCUCUGGGAUCCUAGAGAGGUGUCAUGGGGAUAAUAAAAGUGUUAACCUUAAGAACUGUUUCAUAAUGUAAAAUGGCAGUGCCUGAAUUAUCAUGCUAUAAUUGUGUACAUUGUCUGUGUAUUCAUACAGCUUCUCUUCCAUUUUAUUGAUGGCUCGUGGGUGACAGCAUCAUGCAGCAGAAUAAUUCAUGUUCAGAGGUUUUUAUUUGAGUAGUUUGGAGAUCAUGUGAGAGUUUUCCCAGUCCCUGAGCUCUCUCUGCACACAAGUCCAUUCUGUACCCUCGAGACUCACUGUUGUGGUUAUACCACCAAACAGGCAGCUGCAGAAUGGGGAUGACAGCCUGGCUGGCUUUUUCUUUGCACCCUGCUUGCAGUUCUGCUCACAGUGCAGGUCAGGUAGGAAAACUCCUGCUGAUGUGGGGAAAAAAGCAAGAAAACGUAGUUGCACCACUGUGAAUUAUGAUAAAGGUGUAAUUUUUACAGUGCAUAAGAGGGCCAAAGGCUGUGGGUUUCACCACGCCAGAGAGACAGUCUGUGCCAAGGGUGGGUAGGGAAUUACAGAAGACCUCUUGGUAUUUAUAUGGCAUGGUGUUUGCAACUACUUCAUAAAAACAGUUGGUUUCUCUUGCUAUAUAUACACCAUAUCCAAGGUUUUCUUUAAGAGGCCGGGCCAUUUUUGUUACGUGUGUUGUGCUUAUUUCAGCUUACUGUGAUCAAGAGGUAGAAUGUCUUCUUUCUAUACUUUUUUUGACCCAAAAAAGGUACUUAAGUAAUGUACCUGUUUAAUAUUGAAUACAUAAGCAGAAAAUAAAAUGUGUAUAAAUAAAAUAAAUGUGUAGACGUAUGGAUAUCCAGCCACAAACAGAAUGUGAACGGUGAAGUCUUACAGCUUCUUAGGUUAGUUUUGUUACUGCUAACAUUCUCUUGUUUAAAUCGCACUAUUACUGUAUUAUCAAACUGACUGAAGUGCAAAUUUCAGCUUUUUAGAUUAAUGAACAUUAAGCAAAUCAUGGGGAUCAGGUAGAUUUCUGUAGGGAUGAAAAUACAGGAGUCUUCCGUAGCACUUGAUAUAUUCAGAAUUUGGGUUUUUUUGACAGAGUACAUAAAACGGCUUCAUGUGUGUUUUAAAAAUAGGCAAGCUAUAGUCCCUUCACUGUGCUUGCCUGCUGCUGUGUUACGCCUCUGCUGUGCAUUUUCCAGGCUGAUUUCCAGUGAAUCUGAUUUCAGGAGAUGUUUAUUGUUUUUGCUUUACAUGUUGAGUUGCGCCUCAAGUUUUUUACUAGUGUAUUCAGAAUUAUUCCUCCCAUUACCUGUACUAAGGAAAUACCUUUAGAGGACUUUUUUUGCCUGCUACUGGGUUAGAUCAGUCAGACAAUAUAGUUGUGAGAAUUUGUCUUCAGAAUGUGGCAUUAUUGUUAAGUCUUGCUUACGUCUGGAACUGUAGCGGUUGGUUUUACUUCUCUUACUACUGUAGCUGCUGUUGUCUUCUGUCUUUAGAGUAGUCAUUCCUACUUCUUGGGAAUCUAGCACAUCAUCCACAAAGCCAGCAUCACACAUAAUUGAUUGCAACAGCAGAUUAAACAGUGCUGAUUUCAAAAUUUUUAGGUAGUCAUAUUCUGGUUUUGAUUGGUCCUCUUUCUCAGAAUAAUUGCACUUCUUAAUUUAUAAUUAGUCUCUUGAAGGAGGAGGCACAUUGAUUUCUUCUGUCUUUAUGGUUCUGCUUAGCAGCUCUCUAUGGUGUUUUCCCAUUUUUUGUCCCAAUUUCUCAUGUCCAGGGAGGUGGGGGUUUGCCAUCAGCUUUAGUGGUACCUGAGCACACUUGUUCUGAAGAAACACAAAGUAUGCACCAUGUGCUGGGCAAAAAUGCGGUUACACUUUUGUGUUUUGGCAUCUGAAACACCCAUGUUACUUGAGGUCACCUCAGAAUGUCCAUGUGAAAUACCUGUCACUGGAGAGAACAGCAACCAUACUGCACUGGGCUGCCUCUUCAGCUAAUUCUUUUCCCCUAUUUAGAAUAAUGGAAUUAAAGGAUGAUUUGGGUUGGAAAGCACCCUAAAAAUCAUCUCGUUACAAUCCCUUUCUGUGGGCAGGGACAUCUUCCACUGGACCAGGUUGCUCCAAGCCCCAUCCAACCUGGCCUUGAACAUUCCAGGGAUGGGGCAACCACAAUUCCUCUGGGCAAGCUGGGCCAGUGCCUCAGCACCCUCACACAGAAGAGUUUCUUCCAUUAAAGAAUUCAGAUACACAGAGGCAUAAAACACUGCAGCCUCAGUGCUUUUCCCAGGCCUGACAAUUUGCUGAUUAUUUCACUAGAUUUAGCACGAAUCUUCUGUGCCAACUGUACUCUAGAAGGGCUUUAGAAUAAAUUACAAAUCACCAGUAAAUGUAAACCACUCCCAUUUUUUCCCAUAAGGGUUGUAGGUGAAAAAGCAGCAUUGGUACCAUCCAGCCUCAGCAGUAGCCAUAGUUUGCCAGACUACCAGUUGAUUUAUUUGCCUCAGCAGGCACCUACUGCCCCGUUUGUUGGUAUGCUGGAAAGGAUCAACAGAGGAGUGGUCACAGGUUUCAUGUUCCUGUGAAAACUGCUCAAUAAUGAUAAUCAACUGCAGCUCCAGUGUCCCCCAUUAAAAUGGCACCAACCUGCAGAAAAAAUGCCAAAAACCCCUCAAACUCCUUUCAUGCAACUCUGAAGUACCAGCACACCAGAAAUACCCAAGUGUGCAGUGCACCAUGAGUUAGAGCAAUUUAAAUCUCUUAACACUUGUUGCAGAAAUAAUAAAUUUGCAAAGCAAGAAAAACAGGUGAUUCUUAACAACCUAAGUCUAUUCAUGAAUUACUGAUUGGACUUCUUUUGAUUUUCUUAAGACACCAGAGUGCACGAAACUUUGUAUUUCAGAGUGCUCAGAAAAAAAAAUUAUUUCUGUGAUGCACAAAUCUUCACCAGCUUUAAUGUACGGUUAACUAUUGCAAAGCACAUGUGACUAAAUUUGCAUUCAUGUCAUGUUCUACUGGUUUUAUUAGAAUUUUCUCCUCCUUUAAUACUGCACCAUGCAUUGUAACUUUAGAAACUUUUUACCUUACUGAAUUAGCUUUAAAUGUAUUGCUACCUUUUAAUUUCCUAGCACCUGUAAAAUAGCUAUUUUGUGUUCAUUUGAUAUAGAAUUGUAAAAACUGCAUUUAUUUAUACAGAGGCAUUUAUAAUACUUAUUUUACAAAUGUUCUUAUAUUCUGAAUAAAUUUCUAAUGCUGUUUCUUUGCCUUGGGAGUUGUUUCAGCAUGGCUUGUCGCCUUACUGUUGAACGGGACUGCCUAAAGAUACUUGGCACACCAGUAUCUCAUCUCCAAGCUAAAUUACUGAGGGAAAUGCUUUUAGAUGGUCAGUAAAGUUCACUUAAUAGAUCGAUGAAAAGUUAAGAACUCUGAUCUGGCCACAGGUUUUAUCUAGGCUGAAGAACAUCAGUACUUCUUUCCACGAACCCUCUACAUCUUCAAUGAACACUUUAUAGAAAUGGAAGGGUGCAUGUGAAACUGUUACCACACAUCCCGUUCUUUCAGUAAGAAGUUACGGACCAAACAGAAAAGAAAACAACACCCAAUAUUACAUAAAUGUUCAAAAAAACUGAGUGGAGUUCACGUACUUCCUUUCUCAUUUGUCUAACACUUUUUUUUCAUUGUGUUGAAUGGGUUCAUUAUCCACCUUUACAACUGACUUCAAAAAAUACUUCCUUUCCCGGCACUAGGUAUAAUCACUGCUGGCUUAAGGCAACACAAACAUUCAACAGUGAAAGAAUAACCUGUAUCAGCAGUACAGGCAUCAUAUUUCACAAUGACCAGCAAUCCUUAUAUUCAUACUUCAGUACUUCAAUACGUUUAUUUAUAAAGUAACUUAACUUUACAGAGGAAAAAAUAACAAUAUAGAAGAAAAUGUCAACUUAGUCAAAGUCUCUUAAAUGGUGUGCUUCAGUUUUGAAUCAAUUCAUAACAAACAAAAUCACAAUCAUCAGUACAGUGGAUGUUACAGGUAGUUACAGACUUUACUUAAUACAAUUGAAGAGUUGACUAAUGCAAACUUUCUUCAAAAGAACAUAAUGGAAGUUGAAUAAAAUCUGUAAUGAUUUUAACUCUUUAGCUGUACGUACUUUCUACUUAAUUAGCACCAAUGUGCCACUUAAAACACAGAGGAAAACAGAUCAAGUUCUUGAGCUUUAAACAAACAUGAGGAAGACAUAACCCUUCAUGCCUGAGCCACACCACAAAGCACUGGCUCCUGUUUUCUGCGAGGCAUGCAGUGCUGCCCUGAAAAGUGUCAUUAUUUGGAAGCAAUACCCAAAUCUGGGUCCUGGAACAUGAACACCAAUCAAGCAUUCUGCCUGAAUUACAACCACCAACCUUCUUCAGGGGGUCUGUUUUGCUUUUUAAUGGUAAAAGUGCCUUGCAACCCAGCUAAACUGCUCCUCAGGGAUGAAGUUCAACUUCCACAUACUGCAGUGCCAUGCAAACACAGUAAAGUUCUGUUGCAAGUAUUGUCGUGAGAAGUAUUUGCUGAGAGCUCUUAAUCAUGCAGUUUUCCAUACUUUUUCUGCAUAACAAAAUUAUGUACCCAACCAGUAAGAUACAAAUUUCAUCCCCACAGUUUAGUAAUUUUGAUCAAACAUGCUUAAGAAAAAUUUGCGAAGUUCUCACCAUUGGAAAUGUGUCAUAGAAAAGUCUGUUUGCAGAAUGUGUUUUCGUAAAAAGCUAUGAAUGCCUUAUUUUAAAAUGAUUCAUGCUCCAUGAGCUGUAAUCAUUUUCUUAAAGGCACUGAAAUGUAACCCAAACUGGAAACAAGAAGCUAGUUCUUCUGAUCAACAAUAUAAAUGCUUAGAAAUGACAAAAUACUCUGUUUUCAGUAAAAUCCAUAGAGACCUUUCCAAAUUUAAACAUUCUGUGUAUUCUGUGAAAUGUUAACAAUUACUUAAAAGGAAGUGCUUUUUUCCCUGGAAGAACUGAAGGAGGACUCAAAGAAUUUUUGACUCCCCAGAAGCAGCUAGAGCUGAGAACAAUUUAAAGAUAAGGGUUUCUGUAAAGCUGAAUCUGUACAAAAAAGUUAAGUCUUGCUGAACCCAAUAUGUUCAAUAGAAAGACAAGUUAAACCCCAAGUAUUUUGUUUUAUUGUACUGCUACCAAUCCAGAAUAAUUCCUCUGGUACAAUCUUGAAUAUGGCCAAUGUCAUCGUUGUUUAAUGUUGACUUCCUUUUAAGUUCACAAGCUACAUGAAAAAGUGAAAUGCACACACAGCACAAAUCCUACUGCAUCUAUCAGUGCUCACAUAUGAGAUUAAGAACAGUGCAAAUACUAGCAUUUAGCCUACUUCCAUUCUUGAACUACACUAUUGCUAUAAAUGCAUAUGAACAAAAACCUAUUAUGGAAGAGUUUUUAAGUCUAAUUUACUUUAAAAGCACCUUCAGUUAGUUUGUAUAAAUUUACCAUAUCUUAAAUAAUUUUGGUUGUUUCAAAAGCUGAAAUAUUGUAAUAACAAAAACAAUUUGAAAUUAUGAAGUUGUGUAUAAGCACCAGAUUAACAUUUACAGUGCAAGACUUAAAAUCAGUUUAUUUACAGAAAUCAGUAUCAACAAAAGAGACUACUCUACUACUUCUCAAUAACUAUGAGUUUCCUAACACAUUUAGAAUAUAACCGCCUAACUUCAAAUAUGAAGGCACCUGGCUUUACCUCUGGAAGAGAAACCUGUUGCUCAGAAUUUGUAACAAAACCCAAGUAUCUGAGGAUUAAACAGCCCACUGACUUCACAACUGGGUAGCCAGUUACCCCUGGAGCAGCAGUGCUGUAUUGCACCACAGGAUAUUGGAGUUUGGAUUCUUCUUAAUGUGGACUCUUUGCUCUUCACACCAUAAUGGCAUGAGUGCAAAAGCAAAUUACCACAUUAAGUAAAGGUUGGAAGAACUGUGUUCUUAUCUGAAAUUACAAUCUGAGAGCAAGUAUGUUAGAAGCAGCCAGACCCAAAGCCUGCCUUGUUUUUAAAAGAAACUGUUACAUCUAUAACAGCUACAGGUAGGUGAAGGAAAAUCACUAAGUAUUGUUCUCAAAUCACCAAAUUAGUUCAGGAAGGUUGGAGCACAGCACAGAAGCCUGGAACAGUGAUUAGGCCCAAAAUGUCAUUAGAAACUAUUUAUGAAUGUUUGGUCUAAAGAAUUUAUAUUGUGUUAAAAAAUAAUGCUUUGAUUGUGCAAUAAAUAAAGCUAUUUUCCCCCUCUCCUUCCUAGAACCACUGUUGCCAGACUUCAAACUAUGCAAGACACAGUUACUUUCAAAAGCUGGAUCAUUGAUACACAUCAAGGAGCUGAAGUGAGCAGCACUCCAGUCACUUAACUGGGCAGGCCACUCUUCAGUCCAAGGUAUAGAAGCAUUCUGAGGAGAGAUGAUAAAACCUCAUUCUAAAGCAGGGAGUUGAUGUCGUACUAGAAACUGCACACUAGUACCAGAUUCCUAGCACCACACAGCUGUAGGUAUUUUUGCUAAAUAUUUGUUUACUCUGCAAGUUGAUUCUAAGAACACUGACUGACCAUUCAUUAUCUGAAUAACCCCUAACAUGGCAGCAUUCUCAAACUGACAGUGUUUGUUUUUCAAGUAUCUUGACUCCAGCUCUUGAGUCAGACAUGCAAACAGCUCCUAAUUCCCUGUGUCUAGCUCCUGUAAAGUAAAAACUCACAGAACUAAA